UGGACUUCUUUUGUCCGAUCAGGACAAUGAGUAGAUUUCAGAGAGAAUCGAGCGGCGUGUGGCUAAAAACAUGGAGCAAAGUGUUGGGUCGCUUCAGGAGCAGGCUCUAAAGAGGAAGGAGAGGCUAAAGGCUCUAAGAGAGAAACAGCUUCAUGGGCGAGAGCAGGACGAUGGGGAGCCUGAGAGCAAAAAAGCCACAUUAGAAGAGGCCACUCAAGAGAAACACAGAGAACUGAAAUUGAGGAAUUACGCUCCAGAGGAUGAAGAGCUAAAGGAAAGACAGGUGCCUAAAGCCAAACCAGCAUCAGUGGAAGAUAAAGUAAAAGAUCAGUUAGAGGCAGCUAAUCCAGAGCCCAUCAUUGAGGAAGUGGAUUUAGCCAACCUUGCCCCAAGAAAACCAGACUGGGAUCUAAAGCGCGAUGUGGCAAAGAAGCUGGAGAAGUUGGAGAGGAGAACACAGAGAGCCAUCGCUGAGCUCAUCCGUGAUCGUCUGCGAGGCCAUGAAGAGGAGUUGGCCGAAGCCGUUGGAGCCAUCGGAGCAGAGGCGGGAGAUUCAGACUGAAUCCAAGAUGUGACAGAAAACAAGGAGACUAAACAGAGAUGCCCAAGAUUUACUGCAGCAGUCACAUCUGGGUUGUGCAUACAGAUUUAAUUGUGCAGGGAGUAAAGCAGUGUUUCCUGUCAGGUCUUCAGUCGAGUCAUAGCUUCUGUCCUUGUAGUACAUUCUGUAUAUGUGUUUUUUUUGGAGAUGCAUUAUUAAUGAAACGGCCAAUAUUUUGUAAAAUUAAAAUAUUGUUUUUUAAA